AUGUUUGGAUUUAGUAAGGCAUCUUCGACACCUGCCGGAGGGCUCUUUGGCCAAGCUGGUGGGCCCAGCACUGGAAACACGGGUACUGGAUUUUCUUUUGGCGGAAAUCAAGCUGGACAAAAUGCAGCUCCUGGUACAGGAGGACUGUUUGGCGCUAAGCCAGCUGGCUCAACCAUGCCUGGUUCAGCUGGUGGAUUGGGUGCCUCAUUUGGCCAGCAGCAGCAACCUCAGGGGAACGCGUUCGGAGGAGGAAACACCACGGGAGGUGGUCUCUUCGGUAGCAAACCUACUAAUAUAGGAAGCACCGGCGGUGGGUUGUUUGCUGCUGGUGCCAGUAGCAACCCAGGAGGUGGUCUGUUUGGUAAUAGUAACAGUACAGGUAGUGCAAACACCGGGUUAUUCGCUCCCAAACCUGCAGGCGGUUCUUCCUUGUUCGGCAACACAAAUACUUCUUCAGCUCCUGCACAAGGUCAGGGUCUUUUUGGUGCAAAACCAACGGGUGCGUCUUUAUUCGGCAACAACACAGGUAACACGGCCACUGGCGGGGGGUUGUUUGGUUCCAAGCCGGCGGGAACCACCUCUUUGUUUGGAUCAUCAAAUAAUAAUAAUAAUAAUAAUAGCAUGAAUACCUCAGUAGGAUCACUCGGCAAUCAGCAGCAGCAGCAACAACCACAAAUGCAGUCUGCGUUGCAGAAUCUGUUUCAGCUCCCCAUCACUCCAAUGACACGAAUCUCUGAGUUGCCACCCCAGAUACGUCAAGAAAUCGAGCAACUAGACCAAUACAUUCAAAAGCAAGUACAGAUUUCACACCACCUGAAGGCUGAUACAAAAGAUCAUGAUGAAUUGAUAGAUUCCAUUCCUCGUGAUGUAGCAUACUUGCUGAAGUCAGAAUCAGCAACAAGUCAAUAUUUAAAGCAAGAUUUGAAGAAAAUAUCCUCAUUUAAAUCACUGAUCGAUGAAGACCUGUUAGACACGCAAACUUUUUCGGUGCUUUUACAGCAACUUCUCACCCCAGGAAGUAAAAUAUCUUCUAAUGAAUUGGACAAAUUCUUCCAGAAGAAAAUUCAACUUUACGAGAAAAAAUUGGAAGACUACUCCCGCAUUCUUUCAGAUAUAGAAACUGCGGUCAAUGGUAUCGACACCGAUUUAUUUGGCGCACCUAGUAAUCCAAAUGCCACUACUAUUGGAGACUUAGCUUCAUCCGAAGCAGAAGACCUGCUACAAUUAAAGACGGGCCUUGGUGCCAUUGUUUCCACUGUCAUUGAAGAAUUCACUCUGUUCAUGGAUAUUGCUGAGAGGAUCGCUGUUCUACACCAAAAAAUGAAAUCAUUGGCAUCAAAAACCAUAUAA